GGAGCGAUCGCUGGGCUCAGGCCCGGCAGCAGGAAGUGACUCGCAGCCGCUGCGGGGACUCUGGCUCCAGGCUCCUGGCGAGAUCCCCGAGCCCCGGCGGCUGGUGCUGGGAGCCCGGAGCCCGGGCUGCAGCCGGGAGAGGGGAAUCUCCAGCAGGGCCCUUCCCGCUGCUCCCCAGGAGCCUCUCCCAGGGCAGAGCCCCCAGCCCGGCCAGGCCCCUUCCCGGCCCGGCCCCUGCCCCAGGGGGCCCCGCUCGGAGGGAAGUGUUUUGCUCAGAGAUGCUGUUACUGGGAGGGUCUAAAGAGCCUGGGAGGACUCAGGGUGUGACAUGGAUUCCAGCCCUGUCUGUAACAUGCCCCAUAGUCCCUCUCACUCCAUCAGGCUGAGGAAUCACGUCCACAUUUCACUCCAGAUCGUCCCGUCUUCCAGCAGACACGUAAGGGAAAUGGCUGUGAUGGAGCCAGCUCAGAUGCCGGUGACCUUUGAGGAGGUGGCUGUGUAUUUCACCCAGGGGCAGGGUGCUCUGCUGGACCCCGCUCAGAGAGCUCUCUACAGGGAUGUCAUGCAGGAGAACUACGAGACAGUGACCUCACUGGGAUUCCCCAUUCCCAAACCUGAGCUGAUCUCCCGCCUGGAACGAGGGGAAGCACCGUGGGUGCCGGAUUUCCGGGCCUGCGAGGAAAGUGAGAGCCUGAGAUGUGCCCGCACAGCAGGUGCUGAGCAAAGGAGUGAGAACGAGAAUGGGAAUCAUCAUCAGGAAGUUGCUGGGAAAGUGCAACCACAGGGGACCUUUGUGGGAAGAGCUGAAGGGAAUUUUUCCCAAUGCUGGGAACAGGGAGAAACCUAUGGAAAUUGGCACAGGUCAGAAAAGCUGCAGGGAAACCAACCAAGGAAGAAAGUGGAUGAAUCUAUUAAAUAUGGGGGAGGAGAAAAGGAUCCCACAACCCAGCAGGCAAAUUCCAAGGAAGACAAAUGCUGUGAAUGCCUCGAUUUUGAGAAAGGAUUUAUUCUGAGAUCACAUCAGACAAUCCAUACUGGAGAGAAACCCCUUCAAUGCUUGGACCUUGGACAAAGCUUCAAUAAUCGCUCAGACCUGAAUAACCAUGGGAGAAGCCACACAGGAGAGAAACCCUAUCAAUGCCUCCAGUGUGGGAAGUGUUUCCUUUGGAAGUCAGAAGUAAUUAGACAUCAGCUAAGCCACACAGGAGAGAGACCACAUAAGUGCUUCAACUGUGGAAAAAGUUUCAUACAGAGGUCUGACCUUCUUAAACAUCAGGCAAUCCACACAGGAGAUAGACCCCAUAAGUGUUUCAACUGUGGGAAAAGUUUCAUACAGAGAUCAGACCUUUUUAAUCAUCAGGCGAUCCACACAGGAGAGAGACCCCAUAAGUGCUUGGACUGUGGGAAAAGUUUCAUACGGCGGUCAGACCUUAUUCAACAUCAAAGAAUCCACACAGGAGAGAGACCUCACAAGUGCUUGGACUGUGGGAAAAGUUUCAUACAGAGGUCAGAUCUUAUUCAACAUCAGAGAAUCCACACAGGAGAGAGACCUCACAAGUGCUUGGACUGUGGGAAAAGUUUCAAACGGAGGUCAGUUCUUUUUAAACAUCAGGCAUUACACAGAGGAGAGGGACCCCAUAAGUGUUUAGUCUGUGGAAAAAGAUUUGUAUGGAGGUCUGACCUUGUUAAACAUCAGGUAUUCCACACAGGAGAGAGACCCCAUAAAUGUUUAGAUUGUGGGAAAAGAUUCAUACAGAGGUCAGACCUUGUUAAACAUCAGGCAAUCCACACAGGAGAGAGACCCCAGAAGUGCAUGGAAUGUGGAAAAAGUUUCAUACGGAGGUCAGACCUUCUUGUACAUCAGAGAAUCCACACAGGAGAGAGACCCCACAAGUGUUUAUUCUGUGGAAAAGGUUUCCUAUGGAGGUCACGCCUUCUUAAACAUCAGAGAAUCCACACAGGAGAGAGACCUCACAAGUGUUUAGACUGUGUGGAAAUUGCACUUCUAAACUUCUCUGAUGCAGGGACAGAAAGUGUUAAGGAAAUUGCAUGUAAUUGACCUAGAUUCAACCUUUAGAGAUAUGUUAGAAAAAUGUGUCCUCCUUAGAUAAACUAGAGCUUUGAAAGGUAAACGUGUAUUGUUAAAGACAUGGAAGAAGAUGGUAACAGUAGUAGUCUUUGUUUGGCUGUAUCUUGUUAGAGGUUAACAAGGGAAAUAAAUGGUUCCUGUGUAGGGCUCUAUUCUGUGAAUUCAGAGAUCAAAAGGGAAUAUUACCAUUAAGUAAAACUUGGUUGUAAUAAUGUCAUUGUUUGUCUCCUGAAAGUUUAUGGUAAACUGUCUAUGAAUUGCUUUAUGGAGAAUCACCUCAUGUUAAUCCAUGUAAUUAAUUACCAGUGAUGUUUAGGAACUAGAAGGUUACUUCAAAAGCCUAUUGUUCAGCCAAGGACUGUGUGCUGUCGAGACGCUGCAAAAAUGAUCCUUUCUUCUCUUAUCUGCUUAAGCAUUUUUUUGCGGGGGGAGGAGAGGGAGUGUGAGUUGGAAGAUGGAGAUCUCCAGUCCCAUCUGGACCACCCUGACAUUGAAAUUUGGACAUUGGACUAGAACGUGAUGAAAUGUUUCUGUAAAGGACUCUUUGCAAUUCUAAAGCAUCAUUUCUACAGUGAAACAGACCUAAGGACUCUAUGCAUCUCUGUAUGUAUAAUGAUUUUUUAACCAAAACACUCUCUCUUUUCUUCUUUUAAUACAUCUUAGUUGAGUUAAUAAGAAUUGGCUGUAAAGCCUGCAUUUGGGUCAGAACUGACGAAUUCCUUAACUUGGUGGAUAAUGUAUUGGAUCCUUUGGAAUUGGUGGAACUUUUUAAUAUGAGGAAUAAGAUUUUCAGCAAUCCCCAUCAUGUUUAACUGGGCUGUCUGGGAGGGAUCCCAAGGCCAGGUUGCUUUAAGGGAGCUGUGCUUUGGCCUCUGUGUAGCCAAUAAGGUAUUGUAGAAGCUGUUUUGUUGCUGGCUUGGAGAAUCUAAGUAUUGUAAUAGCCACUAGUUUUGGGGAUUGUUGUCCCGUUCUUUGCACUUUGCCCUAUUUGAGCAAUCUCAGUAUGCCCCCCCGGGACCCAGGUCACAAUUACAUAAAUGCCUGGCCUCUGGGGAAAGUUUAAUUUGGCCAUCACAAUCCACCACCAACGGAGGUGGGGGACUCUGCCAAUGGUCCCCAUUUCUCGUGGCCCUAUGGCUCCCAAAUCAAGGGUAGUGACUCUGGGAAAUGUGCAGGUCAUAGUGGAUGGCUUUGCUGCAAUGGGAGUCCCUAUCUGUGGUGGGGCAAUAGAUGGAACGCAUAUCUCUAUCUUGGGACUGGACCAACUUGGCAACCAGUACGUAAACCGCAAGUGGUAUUUUUGAAUGGUGCUGAAAGCACUGGUGGAUCACAAGGGACAUUUCACCGACAUCAACGUGGGAUGGGCGAGAAAGGUGCAUGACGCUCACAUCUUCAGGAACUCUGGUCUGUUUGAACAGCUGCAGGAAGGGACUUACUUCCCAGACCAGAAAAUAACUGUUGGGGAUGUUGAAAUGCCUAUAGUUAUCCUUGGGGACCCAGCCUACCCCUUAAUGCCAUGGCUCAUGAAGCCAUACACAGGCACCCUGGACAGUAAUAAGGAGCAGUUCAACUAUAGGCUGAGCAAGUGCAGAAUGGUGGUAGAAUGUGCAUUUGGAUGUUUAAAAGCUCACUGGUGCUGUUUGCUGACUAGGUUAGAUCUCAGCAAAACCAAUAUUCCCACUGUUAUUGCUGUUUGCUGUGUGCUCCAUAAUAUAUGUGAGAAUAAGGGGGAGACAUUUAUGGCAAGGUGGGAGGUUGAGACAAAUUGCCUGGUGGCCCAUUUCUCACAACAGGGCAAUUAGAAGAGCACAGCUGGGCACGCUGCACAUCAGAGAAGCUUUGAAACCCAGUUUCAUGACUGGCCAGGCUACGGUGUGACAGUUCUGUUUGUUUCUCCUUGAUUCAAACCCACCCCCUUGGUUGACUCUAAUUCCCUGUAAGCCAACCACCCUCCCCCAUUCUAUCACCACUUGCAAAGGAAAUAAAGUCACUAUCAUUUCAAAACCAUGUAUUCUUUAUUAAUUGAUUAAAAAAUAGGGAGAUAACUCACAAGGUAGCCCGGGUGGAGUGGGGGAAGAGGGGAGGAGGAAUGGACAAGGCCACACUACAAAUCAAAACUGAUUGAAUGCCAACCUUCUGUUUCUUGGGCAAUCCUCUGGGGUGGAGUGGCUGGGUGCCCGGAGCGUUCUUGGGCAUCUGGGUGAGGAGGAUAUGGAACUUGAGGAGGAGGGCAGGUGGUUAUACAGGGGCUGCAGCGGCGGUCUGUGCUCUUGCUGCCUUUCCCGCAUCAGCUCCACCAGACACCUGAGCAUGUCUGUUUGCUCCCCCAUUAGCUUGAGCAUCGCAUCCUGCCUCCUCUCGUUGCACUCACUUAAUGCUUUCCUGGACUCUGCCAUUGUUUGCCUCCACGCAUUCAACUGUGCUCUAUCAGUGCAGGAGGACUGCAUGAGCUUGGAAAACAUGUCAUCGUGAGUGCGUUUUUUUUCACCUUCUAAUCUGUGAUAACCUCUGGGAUGGAGAUGAUGGAGGGAGUGUAGAAACAUUUGCACGUGCAGGAGGAAAAAAGGGGAAAGUAGAAUUCUAAAAGAUACAUUUCAGAAAACAAAAGAGACUCUUUCACAGUGAAUCAAGCAAUUCUCAGCAGGCAGCCCAUGUUCUUUAGGUACAAGGUCGCAUUUUGCCUUUUAUAUCGAGUGCCUGCCGGUAUGGUGUGAGCCAUCACACAUGGCUGGGCAACAGAAUUCGGUUUGCAGGCAGCCAUGGUAAGCCAGAGAGUACACGGGGUUGACUUCUUCCGCCUUCAUAACCUGUGGGCAUGCUUUCGAACUGCGGCGCCCUUCUUUCCCAUACCAAGCAAUGCCUGUUGGGUUGGCCAUUUAAAAGGAGGGGCUGUGGUUUUUGGGUGGAUGUGCAGCAC